UCUCCAGACAUAGUAAAUAAAGUGAUCAGACAAAAACACCAAACCAUGCAAUAAUAUCGAAUUCCCACUUCGAUUUCUACAAACCUCGCCCUUGACUGUCGGUAAUUCGUCAUUUCCCGGCCAACAACCUCUAUUUUCCGGCCAUAUUGUCGUUUCCGGCCUACCAUUUUCCUCACUUCUCCGAUCCAAUUUGCUGAGAAAACAAGGUCUUCAAUAAUUCUACGUACUGUGCUUUUGCUGAACUUUGAAUAAUUGAAUGAUUGUUCUUCCAGAUUCGUCCUCUCUGUCUGUCUGCAUCAGAGAAAAACAACAAAGACUAGCACGUUUCUGACUCAUGUCAUACAGAGGGUGUGAUAUGGGGCAUUUAUCGUCGAUGCUCAAUGGACUUGCGAGGUCACUAACGUUAAGGAAAGGGCGAGAUUAUGGUGGAAGAGAGAUCGCGGAAGCGAUGGCGAAAGAAGCAAAGAAGAAUGACUUGCUACUUCGGUCUUCGGGGACAGUUAACGUUACUGGGUCGGACAAUCUUGCCUCAGUUUUCUCUAAAAGAGGUGAAAAGGGAGUGAACCAAGAUUGCUUCAUUGUGUGGGAGGAAUUUGGAUGCCAAGAAGACAUGAUGUUUUGUGGGAUUUUUGAUGGGCAUGGUCCAUGGGGACAUUUUGUGGCAAAGAGGGUUAGAAAAACAAUGCCCUCAACCUUGCUGUGCAAUUGGCAGGAGACGCUUGCUGAAGCUUCAAUCGAUCCGGAUUUGGAUUUGGAUUCUGAUAACAAGCAUCAUAGAGUUAAUAUCUGGAAGAAUUCUUACAUGAAGACUUGUGCGGCCGUUGAUCAGGAUCUAGGGCAGCACCGGAAGAUCGAUUCGUUCUACAGUGGAACCACUGCUCUGACAAUUGUUAGACAGGGUGAACUUCUAGUUGUGGCAAAUGUUGGCGACUCCCGCGCUGUAUUGGCCACCACUUCUGAUGAUAGCAGUUUGGUACCGAUUCAGCUUACUGUUGAUUUCAAGCCUAAUCUACCUCAGGAAGCUGAGCGCAUAACUCGGUGCAAGGGGCGAGUCUUCUGUUUAGAUGAUGAGCCGGGGGUGCAUAGGGUAUGGCUGCCAAAUGAGGAGUCACCUGGUUUGGCCUUGUCGAGAGCUUUUGGCGAUUACUGUGUAAAGGAUUUUGGACUCAUUUCUGUGCCUGAAGUGAUACAAAGACACAUUACCGGCAAAGACCAAUUUGUUGUUUUGGCAACUGAUGGGGUAUGGGAUGUUGUCUCGAAUCAAGAAGCCGUGCAAAUUGUAUCUUCAAUUCCGGACAGGGCAAAAUCAGCUAAGCGUCUGGUUGAGCAUGCCACCCGCGCAUGGAAACGAAAGAGGCGAGGAGUUGCGAUGGAUGAUAUUUCAGCUAUUUGUCUCUUCUUUCACUCUUCUCCUUCACCUUCUGAAUUCCACCCAGUAACUACGCUAUAACUGCAAUUCAUAUGCUAUAAAGCAAUUGGUUCUUCGUGUCUAUCUUUUCCGUAUGUCAUCUGCAACUUGUCUUUCUCAUUGGUAGUCAUACAUACAUUGAUACCUUACCAAGUCCAUGUAAUUAUCUGCAACUUGUCUUUCUCAUUAGUAGUCAUACAUAUACAUUGUUACCUUACCAA